AUGAAAAACGGAUCCAGGAACAUAUCGUGUGAUCAAGCGAAACUGAACAACAACCGAAACCACAACAACGAAUCGAUCAAAUCGACAUGCAACAGAGGGAUUUUUACAGAGAAGAAAUUACUCUACAACUCCGACGAAGUUGCACCCGAUUUCCAAGAAGCUUUCAUUCUUAGCGGGUAUCGGAAGCCUUACAGCAGCACCUGGGAAUGUUUACAAAGCCUUUUCUACGUUAACAAUGAGACUUUUAAUAUGUGGAGCCAUAUCGUGGUGUGUUUAUAUUUUGUCGUGCGGUACUCCGUGGUCUUGAUUGAGUUAGGAAGUUCGUCCUCGCCGAAACAAGAUUUUUAUUAUCCAAUGUUAUCAUCGGCUAUCGGGAGCGUCACUAUCUACGCGUUGAGUGCUACAGCUCAUACAUUUAACUCACGGUCGGAAAAGCUGCACAGAGUUUUCUACUUUUUUGAUUAUGCCGGUAUUAGCAUCUACACCUACACCUCCGGUCAAGUUAUGUUCUUCUACAAUCGACCCAUUCAAACUGGAUGGCGAAUUUUCGAAUCUGCAUUGUUUUACACAAUCAUCGGCGCCAGCUUAUCUUUUCUGGCAACUUUCUUUUGCUGCCAGAGUAAAGUUGGUUUACGAAAGCACGGCUCGGCAAUCCGCAUAAUUCCAGUGUUCGCUGGCUGGUUGAACACUGUAUUAUCUCUUGCAGUUGGCGUGACGAUGUGUAGCUGUCACGCUGUCACGACAUGUCAAUCUUUCAUCGCCUGUAAUGAGCUGUUAAUCACGUACUUUCGACGUCACUGCUUUUACUCAAUCGUGGGCGGGUUGAUUUAUGGAAGUAAACUUCCAGAACGACUCUUGCCAGGAAAAUUCGAUAUCAUAGGAAGCAGUCAUCAUUUUCUUCACAUUUUUGGCGCCCUCUCCACAGAAUACGCCUUUAAAAUUCUGCAAGUUGCCAUAGAAAGUCGUCAGGAUUCAAGAAACGAAGUUUUGGCGAAGUCACUGAUUGGUAUAUCGAUCUGGGAGACAUUGUUUCCUACGGUUGUAGUAUUUGUCGUUAACAUCGCCAUAGCUUCUUGCUUUGCAAAGUUGAUUUAUAAUUCCAAAGAUGAAAUAACCAUCAAGAAAAAAUGA